GAGAGAGAGAGAGACACUUUAUUGCCUUUUUUAUGAUGCACGCAUCCAUUGCAAACACAGAAUGAUGGUAUAUUAUUACUGUUAAGACAGAAGGGCUAGAAGAAGUGGAGAAACAAAGAGCAAUUAACCACAACCACAACUACACAACAACAAAAUACAGAGAGAUAGAUUGAAUGAUAUGGAGUUGAAGAGAAGGGAAAAAUUAGAUAAAAAAACAUGGAGCUCACCAAGAGAAUGAGAAAGGAUUGGUGGGUGGUCAAGAGCUAGUGACAAAAGAUAUUUUGUUGUAAUGGGUGGGUUGAAGAAGAGAGAUUCAUGGCAUGCAAUGAGAUAUGAUAUUGUGUUAAAAAAUCUCAGUUAAAGAACAAGAAAGUUUCUUUCUUCUUCUUCUUCUUCUUCUUCCCUUUUUUUUCAUUAAAUUAAAUCUGAGUGUUAGCCCACCUGAGAGCCAACGCCAUUGAGAAUCCUUCACUUCACCACUGCAUCGGGCCUUUUCUCGACUUCUCUCUAAACACCUCAGGCUUCUUGGUAUUUUAUAAGAGGCAUGCCCUUUCGUUUGCAGGCCAAGGGGGGUGUAGAUUUUGAUGGUUUUGCUUCAGUUUGUUCUCAACAAGAAACUUGGACUCAAAGGCAACGACAACAACUUCUUGAAGUGAAUAGCUUUGCAAGCAAAGAACCUAACUCAGUUCUUCAUAUGAGAAGAAGUCCAAGCCCACCUACAUCAGUUUCGACUCUCUCCUCCUCCUCAAACGGCGGCGCCGGUGGAAACACCAGCGACAAGACCGCCACCAUCACGGCAACAGAUAAAGUAGUGAACCCAUUGAACAAUGAAAGGAAAGAUGAAUGGGCAACAGAGCUGCAGCCAUUCCCAAGCGGACUAGAGUUUGUUUCAACAGGAGAAAGAUGUGGACUUGGACUAGAAGAUUGGGAGAAUAUGCUGUCAGAGCCAAGCCAAGAACAAUCCUUGUUGAGGUGGAUAGCUGGGGAUGUGGAUGACACACAGUUUGGGCUAAAGCAGUUGUUGCAAAGUGGAAGCAGUCAGCUGGAAUUUGAUGGCAAUGUUGGCGGUGGUUCUGGUGUUGGUGGAUUGGGGAUUGUUGAUCAAGGACCUGGGUUUGAGUCCUUAAGUGGAAUUCCAAGUGGCGUGUCAAGCAUUGGAACUAAUUUGGCUCCUUUUCCUGGUCCUGGGGUUUCAAAUAUUGGGUCCGGUUUAGUUGCUCCUGGCUCUUCUUCUGGUUUGAUUAACUACAAAAAUGUUGGAUUUGGCAGCAACGACUCAAGUGUGCAAAGCCCAGUUUUUAGUUCUCCAACUAACAGUGUUUCACUUCCAUUUUCUUUACCUCCUGGUAUGGUUUAUCAGCAAAAUCAGCUGCAACAAAUUGAGGUCCCAGAGGAGAAGCCACUCAUACUAAAUCCACAGAUAUUGAUGAACCAGCAACAGUCUCAUAAUCCACGCAUUCGAAAUCCCAACCUUUUCUUGCAAUUACCAUUUUAUCAGCAAGAAAACCGCCCUCUCGAUUCCCAACUCAAGCGCCACAACUCUGGUGGCAUGGACCCAAUCUCUCAUGUAAUCCCAAAACUACCAUUCUCUGAUCCUGGGCAAGAACUUUUGCAAAGAAAACACCAACAACAGCAACUGGGGUUUCCUCAGAGAGUUCAGUUUCUUCACCAACAACUUCAACAGAAGCCGUUGGUGGUGAAGAAGGAAGAUUUAGGAACUCAACAUCACCAGCACCAGCACCAGCACCAGCAUGCUUUGUUGGACCAGCUCUACAAGGCAGCUGAGUUGGUAGGGACUGGGAACUUCUCACACGCGCAAGGGAUAUUGGCGCGGCUCAAUCAACAGCUCUUCCCAACUGGGAAGCCUCUCCAUAGAGCAGCUUUCUACUUCAAGGAGGCUCUUCAAUUGCUCCUUCUCAUGAAUAGUAACUCAGUCACUGCCCCACCGCCUAGGAGCCCCACCCCAUUCGAUGUCAUCUUCAAAAUGAGUGCUUACAAAGUCUUAUCUGAGGUUUCUCCACUUGUCCAAUUUGUCAACUUCACCUGCAAUCAGGCCCUCCUUGAAGCAGUUGACGAUGCAGAUAGGAUUCACAUUGUGGACUUCGAUAUUGGAUUCGGUGCUCAAUGGGCCUCUUUCAUGCAGGAACUUCCCCGGAAUAGAGGUGUCCGAUCAUUGAAAACCACUGCCUUUGCCUCUCCUUCGACUCACCAUCCCGUUGAACUUAGUCUUAUGCGCGAUAACUUAACUCAAUUUGCUGAUGAGAUUGGUCUCAGUUUUGAACUUGAUGUGAUUAACUUUGAUUCUUUGGAGCAACAUUGUUAUUCUCUCCCCUUUUUCCGAACAAGUGAACAUGAGGCUGUUGUGGUGAAUUUCCCUAUUUGGUGCUCGGCAAAUCAACCAUCUGCACUACCGUCACUGCUGCGCUUUAUAAAGCAACUUUCUCCAAGGAUUGUGGUGUCUUUGGACCGAGGGUGUGACAGAAGUGACCUUCCAUUCCCACAACAUAUCCUCCAUGCCCUCCAAUCCUAUACACACCUAUUGGAAUCAUUGGAUGCUGUUAAUGCAACUACGGAUGAUGUGAACAAGAUUGAGAGGUUUUUGCUCCAGCCUAGGAUUGAAAGUACUGUGCUGGGGCGUCUUCGUGCUACAGACAAAAUGCCAAAUUGGAAGACAAUCUUUGCAUCUGCCGGGUUUUCUCCCGUAACUUUCAGUAACUUCACCGAAACUCAGGCAGAAUGUGUGGUGAAGAGGACUCCAGUGAGGGGAUUUCACGUGGAAAAGCAGCAGGCUUUGCUUGUGCUUUUUUGGCAGCGUAGAGAGCUUAUGUCAGCUUCAGCAUGGAGAUGCUGAGCAAUAACAAUAUGACGAGCAGGGAGAUUUCUUAUGUAUCUAGGUUGAGCACGGCUAUGUAAUGCCUGAAUUUAAGCGACUCUGUUCUGUUCUGUCAAUGUAAUGAUGGUGUCGAAGGCCUGAAAGAGCAAUGAACCUUGCACAACAGUAUUUACACCCCUCACCUGCCUUUUCAGUGAAACAAUAUAUCCUCUAGUGUAUAGUUCGUGAUGCAACUUAAUUAAAUACUUUUUAUAGCUGACUUGUUAUCUUUUGAACUCAU